UUUUCUUCUUCAAUGAGAUAUUUUAUAUUUUUUUCAUUGUUUUGAUUUUGUUUUGGUUUUACUUAAUGUCUUAUGAAGUCAUUAAUUUCUACUUGCCCAAUUCUAAUUUUUAAAAGAAUAAAUUUCUUCCAUGGCCUCUUGAGGUGCUUUUAAAAGAUUGAUUUGGAAGGAUUGUCAAGCAGUUUCAGCUUUCACUGCUACUAAGCCACCAUCUUGGCUCCACCUACUGUCUACUUCCUUCUGGUCCUCACAGGUAUUAUGCUAGGCAAAACCAUUUCUUCACUAUUCUCCGGUCAUUGAUAUAUGACCAACUCUUUUAGCACACAGCCUUCCUUGACAGGGUACUGAGAAAGUGUUGUGUUUUUUUUUCUUUUUCUUUUUUUUUCAGUUACCUAUAGAAAUAAUUUUUGACAAUUGUUGCUGACAUUUUAGAAUUCAGAUUUUUCUCUUUCCCGACCCCUCCAGGCAACAAAUAGUCUGAUAUAGGUUAUACCUUUACUUUCAUGCAAUAUUUAUUUCCAUAUUGCUCAUGUUGUGAUAGAAGACAUAUUGCACAAAUAAAGAUCUCAUGAAGGAAAUAAAGCAGAAGAUGGAAUGCUUUCAUUUAUACUCAGACUCCAACAGCUACCUUUUUUUUGACUAUGGAUAGCCAUUUCCCCUUAUCUCUUUGGGAUAUAGACCCAGUAAUGGUAGUGCUGGGUCAAAGAGUAUGUAUAAUUUUGUGGCCCUUUGAGCCUAGUUCCAUAUUGCUCUUCAGAAUGAUCAUAUCAGUUCGGAGUUCCACCAGGAAUGUAUUAGUGUCUCUAUUUUCCCACAUCCCCUCAACAUUUAUCAUUUUCCUUUUUGGUCAUGUUAGCCAAUCUGACAAGUAUGAGGUGGUAUCUCAGAGUUACCACAUUCUCUUCUAUGCUGUUUCUCCUCCUAAUUCUUUCUUUGAAAGCUUUUUAAUCUUUUUUUAUCUUUAGCUUUAUUGUUUCUAGAUAUUUAAGUAAUUCUUGUGAAAAAUCUUUUCCCUUUAAGUCUCUGUGCUUAUUAUACUUAAUAUAUAUAUGUAUAUAUAUAUUUGCUCCUUUUUGUUUGUCUCUCAAUAUACAAUUUUUUUAUUGAUUGGCAUUUUCUUUGAUUUAAUAAUCUCCACUUUAGCUAUGAAAUGGAGCAUUACGUCAGGGCCAGACUUGGCCCCUUGCUGUGCUUUCGGUGUUUGGUCUUGUACAUUUGCAUCAAAACUUAAGAAUAGAAGAUUUUUUUUUUUCGGUGAAGGGCUAAAUGGAGUUAUGACAUUCACAGAAGGAAGUCUAGAAGAUUAUUAUAUCUACUAUAAGUGAAAUAUUCCACAUAUAGCAAGUUCAAUUUAGUAAAACCGAAGGGAAAGUUACAAUUUUAGAUGAGUCCUCCUCUAUAUUAACCUAAAUGAAAAAGUUAUACUUUCAUUUUUCUUCUUUCUUGAGAUCUUUUACAUAUUUUACUUGGAUGUUAGUUUUGUAAUUGUAAUUAGAUAUAGGAAAAUUAUUCCUUGUUUGAACUGCUUGUGUAGAUGGAAAAAUAUAUAUGCCCCUAUCAAAAAUUUCAUGAUGAAACAGUUUAGAAUAGUGAAAUGUUUGUUUAGUUUUUGGUAUAUGGUAAAUGUAUAUAAUGCACUUACACAUGUUUAUGUUUUCUCUAAUGAGUUUGUGAGAUGAUUAAAAAUUCUGUUUUGGAGACAUCAGCAUGAUAUAGUGAAUUUUAUUUCAUACAAUAUUAGUGUAAUAGUGUCUUUUUUGUCAUAUUUUUAACCAUAUUUUGAACUCUUUGAGAAUAGUAUAAAGGAAAUACUACAUUUCUCUCAAAACAGGCAUUUUGCAUUGUUUCAGAUAACUGCCAUUUAUUCUUAACUCCUUAUUACAUUUAUCUCUUUUAUCUAGUUACAAUAAAUUAUAGUACAUUUGUUAAAUACAUUCAUUGUUCCUUAUGUGUGUAGGGAUUGUUGUUUGUGAAAGACACUAGAGGUACAAAGAAAUUUUUCACAUUUUACAACUAUUUUUUUAGCUUCAAAUGACAGGAUCAAGUUGCCUACACUUGCUUUAUACCUUUUGUCAUUGAGGUAUAUAUCUUUUUCAAAAACUUUACUGUCUCUCUAACUUGUAUUUUUCCCUCUAAAAUAAGUCAGUUUAAAUUAGUCACUUUUCUAAAAUUUGAAAUACACCAAAAUCACUAGAAAAGCAAACAUAAUGCCAGAAAUUUGUUGUCUUUCUGUAAUAUCAAAAUUUCACCUCAGUUAUCUCAUCUGUAGAUGUAGAAGGUGGAAUUCUUUGAAAAGUAAAUUUCUCUUUCUCUUCCUUUCUGUUUUCCCUUCUUUUCACCCUUCUCUUUUUCAGUUCUGCCUUCCUUUUCCUCUUCCAUUUUUUCUUCUUUUUCCAGUAUUUUAGUUUAUAUAUGGUGCUUAUCUUUCUGUUUUUGACCUCACAAGGUUACUUUUCCAAAAUGAAAAAUAUCCUGGAAUUCCAAGAGGGAGGGAAAUAUUGUUGAAGAGAGAGUUCUUUGUGUCCUGUACUUUUUGACAGCCAGGACAUUCGCUUCUCUAUCAAGCUAUCAGGUGAAUUUAUUGAUAGUACAACUCCUAGAGACAGUACUGCCAACUCCCAGGACUAGAUUUAGUAUAUUGAUGGGCCGCUCAUAUAAACAUUUUUUCUUUUAAUUGAAAUACUUACAAUUGCUUCCUGCCAUUUAUGUUGGCACCAGCAAUCUUAUCCCACUCAAACAAUCUUAAGUUUUGUUUUAUCUUUGGAAAAUAAAAUCAAUUUGUUAAUUAUUCUUACAGAGACCAGUGCCCAAAGAGGCAAGUAUCAGGAAAACCCCUUUACUCUAAAGUAAAGCUUUCUCACUUUGAAUUUUCAUGAAGUAUCAUACACAUAGUUCUUUUAGAAUUUUUCUUCUUUUGGCCUUUUUAGAAAUUCUUUCAAAUUGAGUUAUUGACUUUAUACCCAACAGUAGUAAAACCAUAGUGGCAUUUUUCAGAUAUUACCUAUUUUUUUUAAUAAUCUAGAGCUGGAAGAGAUCAGAUCUAGUACUACUUUCUCAUUCUUUCAUGUGAAGAAAGUGAGGUUCUAUUGAUACUACUUGCCCAAGGUGGUAUGCCUCAUUUGUUUUUGUUGUUGCUCAGUCAUGUUUGACCAUUUGUGACACCAUUUGGGAUUUUAUUGUGCAGAGAGAUACUGCAGUAGUUUGCCAUUUCUUGCUCCAGCUCACUUAUUUAAAAGUUGAGGAAAACUGUGGCAAACUGGGUUAAGUGAUUUGUUCAGGAUCAUCCAACUAAUAAGUGACCGAAGACAGAUUUGACCUCAGGAAGAUGAGUCUUCCUAACUCCAAUCCUAGAACUCAAUCUUCUAUGCUGCUCCUUUACUUCAUGUGAAGUUAUUUUAAAUGUUAAAAAAAAAUUUAUGGGUCAAAGUAUAUGAACAGGCAGUUUUCAGAGAAAGGAAUCAAAACUAGCUAUAAUCGCAUGAAAAAUGCUUCAAAUCAUUAUUGAUUAGAGAAAUGCAAAGUAAAACAACUCUAAGGUACCAUCUCAUACCUAUCAGAUUGGCUAAUAUGACAGAAGAGGAAAUUGACAAAUGUUGGAGGGGAUGAGGGAAAAUUGGGACACUGUUGUUGGAAUCGUGAAUUGAUCAAAUAAUUUUGGAGAGCAACUUGUAACUAGGUCAAAAGGCAUAUUAAAAUUGUGCAUUCCCUUUGAUCCAGCAAUACCACUAUUAGGUCUGUAUUUCCCAAAGAUAUUUUUUUAAUGGCUAAACAUAUUGUAGUAUAUGUUAGUAAUGGAGUACUAUUGUGCUAUAAGAAAUGAUGGGUGGGGAUACUCUCAGAAAAACCUGGAAAUAUUUACAUGAACUGAUGCAGAGUGAAGUAAGCAGAACCAGAAGAAAAUUGUACACAGUAACAACAAUUUUGUAUAAUGGUCAACUGUGAAUAAUUUAGCUAUUCUCAGUAACACAAUGACAGUCCCAAAGCACUCAUGAUCAAAAAUGCUGUCUACUCCCAGAGAAGAAACUGAUGAAGUCAGAAUGCAGAUUGAAACAUAUCAUUUCAAUGUUUUAAAAUUUAUAGCUUUUUAAAAAAUGUGUUCCACAAAUUGAACAUUAUGGAGGAAUUUUUUUUUUAUGAUAGCAUAUGUAUAACAUCAAAUUGCUUACUGUCUCAGGGAGGAAAGGAAGGAUUGAGAGAAUUUGGGACCUAAAAUGGUAGAAAACAAACAAGAAAAAUUGUUUCUAAGUGUAUUUGGGGAAAAAAAUAAAACAUUACCUGGUAAUUAAAAAAAUAAGAUAUAUUUCUAACUUCAGUGUAUAAUUCAGUUCCUUUACUCCUAGAGAUAGAACAUUGGAGCUUUUUGAUAAGUGGUCAACAAAGCAACUUGUAAGUAAGUUCUAUAUAUGGCAAAAUUCUUUAAGAUGGCAUAGAUAUGUUUGUGAUGAGCUGUGGAGCCUACUUUCAUAUUGUUUGUAGCAUAUAUAAAAAAUGCUUUUUAAAUCUUCCUGAGAACAUUUACUUUUUUACAACUCUUGCUUUUGACCCAAUGUUUUUAGUAUGUCACAGUUAUGCCAAUUUAUAAUUUUCCAUUUUAUAUGUAUUCAAGCAAAGAAAACCUUUAAUAUUCUUGGGUUCCUCUUGAUCCCAUAUCUCACAGGAUAUGCCUGAAACAGUUGGAUUUUGAUGUGCAUCACUGGAAGGAAUUCCAAAUCAGCAUUACCACAGUCACAUCUACCAGCUGUAGUUAAGAGGCAUCUUGGUCCUGUGUUUGUGGUGGUUGGAACAUCAUGGAACAUACCGGAAUAGUAGAGCCUGAGGAUGAGUUGGGAUCAUUAGGUCAUCUUGCUCCAAGUCCUCAAAGUGAAGCAGUUGCCCAUGAAUUCCAGGAACUUUCCUUACAGUCUAGUCAACAUUUGCCUCCUCUCAAUGAACGGAAGAAUGGAAGUAUAGUCUUAUGGGAGUCAGGAUUCCGGUCUCCUCUGCUGACUCAAUCUGUGAGUGUGGUAUUACAGCUGAGGCUACAACAACGAAGGACAAGAGAACAGCUAGUGGACCAGGGCAUCAUGCCACCAUUAAAGAGCCCAGCAGCAUUCCAUGAGCAGAUAAAAAGCUUAGAACGAGCCAGAACUGAAAAUUUUCUGAAGCACAAGAUACGUAGUCGACCAGAUCGUUCUGAACUUGUCAGAAUGCACAUUUUAGAAGAAACAUUUGCAGAGCCAUCCCUGCAGGCCACACAGAUGAAACUGAAGAGAGCUCGGCUGGCAGAUGAUCUAAAUGAGAAGAUUGCUCAAAGACCUGGGCCAAUGGAACUAGUGGAAAAGAAUAUUCUUCCUGUAGAUUCCUGUGUUAAGGAAGCAAUUAUAGGAGUUGGACAAGAGGACUAUCCCCAUACUCAGGGUGAUUUCUCAUUUGAUGAAGACAGCAGUGAUGCUUUGUCUCCAGACCAACCUGCCAGCCAGGAGUCUCAGGGUUCAGCAGCAUCUCCAAGUGAGCCAAAAAUCAGUGAAUCACUGUCUCCUGCUACCACAAACACUCCAACUCAGUAUACUGCACUAUCCACAGCAGUUUCUGAAUUCUUGAAAACUCCUCUUGCUGCUGAUCAUUCUACAUCACGCUCUACAGCUCCUGUCCUCACUACAAGCAGUGUGUCUUCAGCAAAGCCUGGGCCAGCACUGGUAAAGCAAAGUCAUCCUAAGAAUCCAAAUGACAAGCACCGAAGCAAGAAAUGUAAAGAUCCCAAACCACGGGUUAAGAAGUUGAAGUACCAUCAGUAUAUCCCACCAGAUCAGAAAGGUGAGAAGAACGAGCCACAGAUGGACUCCAACUAUGCCCGUUUGCUACAGCAACAGCAACUUUUCCUGCAGCUACAGAUCCUGAGCCAACAACAACAACACUACAACUACCAGACUAUUCUACCUGCACCACUCAAGCCAUUAAAUGACAAACAUAACAGUGGAAAUUCAACUUUGAGCAAUAAUGUAUCUACAGCAGUAGCCAACACAAGACAAAAUGCUUGUAUUCCUACUAGAAAACUGGGACCACUGCCUUCUAGCCUGGAUGAUUUGAAGGUAGCUGAACUGAAGAUGGAAUUGAAGUUAAGAGGUUUACCUGUGUCAGGCACCAAGACAGAUCUAAUUGAACGUCUAAAACCAUAUCAGGAGCUUAAUAGUGGUAUUUCCACUAGCAAUGCUGUUGUGGUAUCCACUUCUACUGUAGUCACUAGCAAUCCAGAAGUCACUAUGGCAUUCCCAGUUACAUUAAAUAAUUCUGUGGCUAGCACCAUUCCCAGUUUUAAAUCAGAAACAUCAUCUACUGGAACAAGCAGUGUGACGCACACUGAAACUAUCAGCUCCCCUCUGCCUAUCUCCCCAUCUCCAUCAGAACACUCCAGUCUUAGUACUGAUGAUACUAACAUGACAGAUACUUUCACAGAAAUUAUGACCAUGAUGUCCCCGUCCCAGUUUUUAAGUUCAUCUCCUUUGAGAGUGACAAAUAAUGAAGACAGUGUAAGUCCUGCCUGUGGAGGCCUGUCAAACAUGGAACUGGAUGUGGCUGAAAAGGACAGAAAGCUUCAGGAGAAAGAAAAACAGAUUGAAGAGCUAAAAAGGAAACUGGAACAAGAACAAAAACUUGUAGAAGUACUAAAAAUGCAACUUGAAGUUGAAAAACGGGGGCAACAGCCACCACCAGCCCCCCAGCCCACUGCUAAUUCUGUAAAUAAUGUAGAUCAAAAGCAUGUCGUUUCUGCUGUCAAAGAUGAGAAUUCUCUCCCUGACUGUUCUAGCUCAAAACAAUCAAUACCAGGAGCCAGCCAUUCUUUAGGCCAGCCGGGAUCUACUGCUAGCCAGAACCUCGUUGCCAAAAAGGCCGUAGUUAUCAAGCAAGAGGUACCUGUGGCCAAAGCUGAUCAACAGAACAUCAUCUCUCAGUAUUAUGUGAGUUCCCAGAGACACCCACAAACCACGGUUGUUGCUCAGCCUCAAGCUUUACUAACCACCCAAACUGCACAGCUGCUACUCCCAGUGUCUAUCGAGGGUUCGAAUGUAACUUCAGUUCAACUACCAGUAGGCAGUAUAAAACUACAGACUCCACCACAGGUAGGAAUUACAACUCAGCCCCAAGUUUCAGCUCCUGUAUCAUCCUCUGGCUUGGCCCAAACAUCCCAUCCAAAACAAGACAAUUUCACACAACAUGUACUCAACCAGUCUCAACAAAUAAGAAAGGUUUUUCCAUCUAAUUCACCAUCAAAUACAGUAUUUCCCUACCAGAGACCACCUGUUGCAACAGUCCAGCAGCCAUUCAUUAAUAGCACAUCCAACAGUGUUCUUCAGUCCAGGAACACUCAAGUUUCUUCUGUGCAAAAUGGACCUAGUACUACCAACAAGCCUGGUUCCCCAUCUCAGCCUCAGCAGUUUAUCAUACAGCAUUCUCUAUUUGGCAAUACAGUCACCAAAACAAAAGAUCCUCCACGGUAUGAGGAAGCCAUAAAGCAAACUCGAAACAUACAGCCAUCUCAUUCGGAGAUUUCCAAUGCACAUAGUCAACAGAUGGAUGACCUCUUUGAUAUCCUCAUUAAAAGUGGAGAGAUUUCUCUCCCUAUAAAAGAAGAGCCUUCUCCUAUUUCCAAAAUGAGACCAGUGACAGCCAAUAUCACCACAAUGCCAGUAAAUACAGUGAUAUCACGACCACCCCCCCAAGUCCAAAUGGCACCACCAGUAUCCUUAGAACCAAUUAACAGUUUGUCUAUCAGUUUAGAGAACCAACUCGAAGCUUUCUUGGAUGGAACUUUACCUUCAACAAGUGAAAUUCCUCAACUUACAAGUAACAACGAGGACAGAGAAUCAUUCUCUCUGAUUGAGGAUCUCCAGAAUGAUCUACUGAGUCACUCUGGCAUGCUGGAUCAUUCACAUUCUCCCAUGGAAACUUCAGAAGCACAAUUUGCUGCAAAUAAUUCCUGUUUGUCUCUUGACCUUCCUGAUUCAAACUUAGACAAUAUGGAAUGGUUAGAUAUUACUAUGCCUAACUCCUCAUCAGGGCUUACUCCUCUCAGCUCUACUCCAAGUAUGUUUUCCACAGACUUUUUAGAUCCACAAGACCUACAGUUACACUGGGACUAAAAUUAGGGUUUUUGGUCUCCAAAGUGAAUAGCUGUAAGAACAUGUAAAUAACUUUCUUGGAGGUGAGUUUAAGGGAUAGGUCCACAGCUGCAGCAUUGCAAUUAAAAUGUUAUCACAGAAUGAAUACAAAGUGAUAACUCUGAAACAAAUUCUGAAAACACUUCUCUCAUUGCAUUUAGUAGUGAAUUUCUCUAACUUUUUCUAUGAUUUAAUGUAGCACAGGGCCAUUUGAAAAGUAUACUAGUCAAGAAAAAAAUAGUUGCUACAAGGACCUCAGUAAUGAAAAUUACCACUAGAAAAAGCAUAGAAGAGUACCUGUAGAAAAUAGCAAUGAGCCCUUUGUAGAUAGUAAGUCAACUACAUUUAAAAUUCCUUGGUUGCUUUUAAGACUGAAUGAAAGGCAAAUACCUUGCUUUGAUUUUAACUUUCAGUUUAAAGCAGAAACAAGAGCUAGUUUGAGAGGAAGUUAAGAAAUCACUGCACUUGAUUGUUCCUGUAAAGAGCCUGAGCCAAGAUCAAGAUUCAUUAAGGAGGUAAAAGACAGUAAAGAGACCUGGCCAGUUCAGGGACAAGGCCCUUAUGGGUGAUGUCUUCUGGUUCAGAAGCCUUUUGAAUUUUUUUUUUGUACUGUGGUUUGCUUUGUGACUUUUUGAAAUCUUACUUUGGAUUUCCAAAUUUAAAUUUAUGGGAAAACAUUUACUAUAAACAAAGGAUUUCAUUUGAAAGUACUGUCAUGAACAAGCCACUGAAAAGUCCAGGUAUAUUAUUGAUAACACUGAAAUUUAGCAACAUUCUUGCUUGAUUAGAUUUGUUUUUAAUAUGUAUAUCAGACAGUAAUUUGUACACUUUUUGACAUUAUAGUUUGUACAGAGUAUUAUAGGAUGGGAAUAUAGGUAUUCUGUGGUUCUAUUUGUUUAAUAACUCUAGAGUACCUAGAGGACUUACUUGUUCUACAUUUAUUUCCUUGUGAACUAUAUUUCUGAUAACCAGAUCCAUCUCAAAGAAUGAAAAAGAAAACUUAGCAUUAAAUCUUUUUUUGACCUGGUCAGGUAAAAAUAGAAAACAAAGGGAGAGCGUGUAAAGUAUCUGUCAACAUUCCUAUAAAGAUUACAAAGGUAUUUUUAAGGGCCAUUUCUGAAUAGAGACUUCUUUCUGCUCUGAUUUUUGUUCAUUACAACUAAUAUCCAGUUUGAAGCUUCAAGUAGAGCUCUAACUCUUCAAGUAAUGUUAAAGGAGUGGAGUAUCUAAAAAUAAAAACUAGACAUUUCCAUUAAUACUUUUUUUGGUCAAGGUAAAAAUGAUGGUAUAUAUUUGACUUUGGGGGAAGAGUUUCUUAAGAAUUUUCUAAAAUUCUUCACAGCAAAAUUUCAUAAUUUUUAAUUGUUGUAUAAAUGUAAUAGAUAGCCUAACACCUUCUAUAAAUAUUUGCAAUUUUUUAGGAUAAUGGUAUUUCUUCAUCUGUCUUACACCUAUAUGAGCCCUACAUCCAGAUCUGAUGCUGCCUUUGUAAUUCAUUCAAUGACAUUCCCAUAAAAAUUCCCAGGGUACUAACCAGGCUCUUUGCUUGGAAGGGAUUUAUUAAUUUUUUUUCUCUAGAUGUGCUCUUAACUAAGAGUUGUUCUCCUUUCAGAAUUUUCCUCAGUUUUAUAUAUGUUUUACUCAGUAUGGUAAAAUUUAUUUAUCCAUCAUUCAAUCAACCAGAACACUGGAACUCACCAUUAAUUGGCACUUCAUAAUUUUGGAGCAACAUCAGAUACUGAAGUGCCUUCUGGAACUGUCAAAGAUUAAAUUAUACUUAGCAUAGUUUUAGUGUUGUGUAUUUUAUUUUACUUGAAGACUUUAAAAAUUGAUAGUCCGUGCAUUGUAAUACCUAAUUCUUUAUCUGAUAAACCAGAAUACCCCAUUCCCUGACCAAGUGAGGUAAUGAAGACUCCAUUGUAUUUGAUGAUAAUAUUUUUCUGUAAUAAUGAGAAAAGGCCAUCACUUUGAUGGCUGAAGUAUUUAACUUUAGAAUGCGAUAUGUGUUUGUCAUCUGGUCUUUCAUGAGGAUUUUUUGGUUUUUAAGCUACCCACAUUAAACACUAUUGUAUUCAGUUUUGAAUAAUUCCCUAAAAUAAGAUAUCAAGUGUCAUGAAGCUAUAGGGAUUCAUCAGCUUAUGACGAAUGGUAACUUUUUAAAUCUCUUUGUAUUUUCAUAAUCCCUAUAUGUAAACACACAUUUUUCUGAGGAGCUCAAAGGAAGAUGUUCAUAACCUUUUACUGCUUUUCAACCAUAAAUGAGUUCAACAAAGCACAUUUAUUGUCACAUAAGGUCAUUCACAGAAAUACAUGAUGUUGUGAAAUGAAUGUACUCUCAGUAACUUAUCUUCUAGCUAAGAAACCAUAACUAGUUUGGAUAAAUAUGUUCUACUGCCAUCUCUCGAAUUAUUUAAGCCCUUGUGUGUCAGCAGUUAAUAAAAAGUUAGGGUCCUCGGUUAUUAACUGUACAAGCACAUAUACCAUUCCACUAGGCCAUCUUUUGCUUUGGGUAGCAAGACAUAAUUAUGAAAUGAUUAUUAUUGCUCUACAGGAUACUACACUCAUGUUUAGGAUCAUUGUAUUUUAAAAUGUGCAGUGAGUGAUCAUAGACCAAAGACAAUAAUGUAAGAAAAUAACCCCAACCUAUUUCAAUGAUUAUUAUGUGAAUGUACAAGGGAGGGGUUCAGGAAAGGAGUGUCAGUUUCCUAAAGGAAAAUUCUAUUUAAGGUCAGUUUCAAUUAGCCAUAGUAAAAGCACCAGGUAAAAUUAAAUGGUUGAAUUUUCUUCAAUUAGCAUGUAUAUAGUUUAUAAGUGGUAUUAUAUAUCAUUGAAAAAUAUUAUACAUUGCCAAGAAAAUGUUAAUUAGUUCAUAUCUAUGUUAUCUCUUGUCCCUGUCAUAACUCCUUCGUACUUUAAUAACAUUUAGUAUCAACCUUUGCUUUCUACUUUAUAUGGAUCAGGUCAUUUGAUGAUAGGUUUGGGAGUAAACAAAAAAUAAUUUUCACAAAGAUUUUAUUAGAUUACCUGUAGUGUAGGGUUACGCAACUAUCUUGUGCAUUUCAGAACAGCAUCUAUUAGAAAACCACAUAGAAUGGUUUAAUGGUUUCUUUAGAGUGUUUUCCUGAAAUGUGUAACCUACUGUAUAGAAUUUGCCAUAUGUGUAUACAUAUAUAUGUAUUCCAAAUUUGUAGAAAGAAUUCUUGCUUGAACAUUAUUUGUGUUUUAUAUGAAUAUUUUUGUAAUACUGAAGAGAUCUUACCUAAAAUUGAAAUUUCUAAAACAAUUAUUGUCACCGAUAACAUUAUUUUGCAGUGCAGUUUAAGUUGCAAAAGAUACACUAGUAUCAAUCUGAACUUGCUGCCUUCUGAAGACAAGGAAAGAUAAAGUGUUUCUGCUCAAUCAUGUAAUUUAGUGGACUUAAAUGUAUUAAGGAAUACCCUAUGUUAUCAAAGAAAAACCACUAAAAUCAAAUCUCUAUUUUUGUCACCAAAGCUUAACUCAGGACAUGUUCAUAACACGGCCACUGACCAUUCCAAUCAUUGUGGCUGACUUCACAGUCAAUAAAAUAAAAAUUGCCAAGGGUGACUGUCAUAUGGCCACCUUCAACAAGAAUAAAAUGAAUGGAUCAUCUGAUGGAAUCUGUUCAUUUUGUGCAAAUAAAUUUGGCCUCAAGCAAAAGAGCUGUCAGCUUUUGGGGGACUUUUAAGCUAUUUUAGAGGGACCUGAAUUUAAAGUAUGUAUUCUCAUGCCAUUUCUAUGGAAAAUAAUGUAGAUAGAGAUAUAACAACACCCCCAAAAUAAUUGAUUUCCUUAAAAAAAAAGACAGGUUUGAAGGGGAAAAAAUCCUGCUCAGUAUUCCAUGGCCAUUACCAGCAAAGCAAUACAAGUCUGAGGAAAUAAGUAAUAUAUUAACGUUUACCUUAGGAUUAGCUAACUGCCAAUAUAAAAAUUACUGAAUACUGUCAAUUGAAUCACAUUACUCACAAGAUCAUACCAUCCUACUCUGUUAGAGAUCACAAAAACAGCCCCCCUCCCUCCAAUCAGAAUACUUUAACUGGAAGGGCAUUAUAUAAUAUAUACUUACAUGCAUAUAUGUAUUGUAUAUGUGUGUAUAGAUUUGUAUUACAUAUAUAUUAGGUGCAGACAAGUAUAACAUUGCAUGAACAUUCAUUUGGAUUGCACCCUUAAUACAGACAAUUAAACUUUUAAGUGAUUUCAAUUAAAACUGGAAAAUUAACAGGAUUUUUUUGAGUUUAUUUUGGCUUCAUUUUUAAUUGUUAAAUCCUUAUAUGUUUAAAUGCUCUUUAAAUAUUGUUCUUUUAAAAAUAUUUCCAGGAUAUAAUUUUCUAAAUCACAGAUUCUGCAUGUUGUUAUGGCAGGUCUAUAUAUUUUCCAGGCACUUCUUCCUGCAUUGUCUUAGAAAACACAUCUUUUAAAAAAUGUUUCUACUCCAGAUCUUAGAUUUGAAACUCUAAUUCAAAAGCUGUAUGUGUUUACAAAACUGUUUUAGUUUUUCACUGCUGUUAGAAAAUAGCAUGUCAGACGUUACUAAUAAGUGGCACAAUCACAUGACUCAAUACAUAAUCGUAAUCUCUAUUCUACAAUGUACUAUCUGUGGUCAAAUAAAGCAAAGUUUAUUAGAUUUAUAUGCACAGCUAUAGAAGUCUGAAUGACUUCAUGCCAACCGCUUUGAAGAAAAGGCUUUAACAAAGUUAAUACAAUCACCUACCAUACCAAGUACCUCUCUAUACAUCAUGCUGUAAGAAAACUUACUCAUUUUUGUGAGAUGAGUGAGGCGGUGGUUAUGUACCAACACUCAUCCUCUAGUAAACAGACAGUACUACAAACUCGCUUUAAAGGAACCAAAGGCAUUGCCAAGAAUUAUGCCAAAAGAAGGCACUUUGUAUUUGAAAUUUGAGGAUAUCUCAAAAUAAAUCCCAAAAAGGUGUUAACUAUUUGAAAUCAUACUUUCAUAAAGAUGUAGAUAUUCUACAAUUGUUUUCCAUGUAUAAUAGAGAUGAUGUGUUUUGUUGGGGUUUUUUUUAAGUAUUUCAUAGUAGUAAAAACCUUUCCAGGUGGAAGUGAAUUUUCUUCAUUUUUUUGCUUGCAAUAGAAACGUGGAGUAUAAUAGGUGUUUCUCUUCUUAUUUUCAUAGUCACAUUGUCUUAGCAUCUCACUUUAUGAAAAAAGAAGGAAGAUACCACAGUCUCUAGGACUCUGUUCUUUAAGCACUAGUUUCAAACAAAAAAAAAAUUAUGGUAAAGGGGAGGGGAGGUUCCAUUCAUGUAUUGCCUUUUUGUUCAAAACAAAUAAACCAUGAUGCCUUUGUAUUUGCUGUUUGCACCCCUGAAAUUAAUUCCAUAUCAUGUUUGAAUGCCAUACAUUUUGCACAUUGUACUGUAUAUAUGUAAUGCAUACUGUAUUUUUAUAUGUGUAGCACAUUUAUCAUCAAAUAUUUUGUACAUAGUGGCAAUAUUGUAGCUAAUGAUAAAAUGUUUGAUAUCUCAGCAUUUUUGCAUUUUUGUGUCUCAAUAAAAAAAAAAUUUUGAUGUACUGUGA